AUGUCAAAUUUCACGAGAGCUGAGGUCCUGGAAUUUAUCAAAAUAAAGGAAAGUAUUGAGGAAGAAUUAAAAGUUUUGUAUGAUGUAUUAAAGACCCAGGGUGUGGGGAUGGAAGACCCUCUGGUGGAUGCCGAAGGAUUUCCGCGUGCAGAUAUUGAUGUUUAUCAAGUGCGGCAUGCGCGCCAUUCCAUCCGUACUAAAUCUAAUGAUCUGAAAGAUGUUUUGAACAAAAUAGAGUCUGGACUUCAUAACAUACACGCUCAGGCGAGAGAAGGAAUCGGACUAGAGGAUAAUUUAUCUUCGCUUUCCACAGGUCGUGAGAAGCCGAUUCCAUUUGCACGAGUUUUAGUUGUUUGUGCCGGUUCUCCUGCAGAAACUGCUGGUAUUAAACCUGGAGAUUUGAUCGCAGGAUUUGGUUCUGUAAACUCCUCCAACUUUACAUCUCUCAAAUCCAUUUCAGAGGUGGUAGAACACAGUGAAAACAAACCUCUUACAGUUAUAUUGUUACGAGAUGAUGCAGUGCACAGAUUAAGACUGACUCCUGAAAUUUGGUCAGGACAGGGGCUUCUUGGACUUAAAAUAAGGCCUCUGAGUAUUUCUCCAGCCCGAUAAUUUAUUCAGAAUAUAGAUGAAUCUUAAUACGAAGACUUCUAAAUAUUCAUAUUAUUUGGAAACAAUAUGUUCAAUAUUAAUUUGGACAUAAAUCCUGAAAAAUAUAAAGAGGGGUGGGGGGCAUCCCCCUCCUUCAUUCCUUUUGAAAACUGAAAACGGGGGAUAAGCUCUGGUUAGCCCCCCCCUUCCAACCCCCUGGACAAAUUCCUGUUGAAAGAGGUGAAAUAACGUACCUGAGACAAAUGUUGAUUUGUAUGAAAAUUUAAACUUAUUUGAUCAUCCAACAGGAAUGUAAUAAUCUGAGAAACAUUGUUUGCAAUUUUCUGGAUCAAAAACUAUGAGAAUGUGGCUCGGUAAACUAGAUGCGGCUUGGGAGAAGGAUUAAGGAAGAACUCCUUCCCAUCUUUUUUACCUUUUCUCAAUAUUUUCUAUCGUAAAAUUCUGCAAAAUUACAAUAAUUGUGAUUAUUUUAAUCUUGUCGUCUUAAUGACCAAUGCCCAGUAUACAAAACAGUUAAAUGACAAAUAAAUUGAAUUACAGAAAA